CAGGGUGUCAAUGUGUCAAAUAUUGCUUCACAAUGCCUAAUUAAUAUGUUAGUUUACAUGUUAUUUAUAACUGCCACAGGACAACUUGUUUAUUACUAAUCAGCGGUUAUUAUACAUGUAUUUAUUGUACCAGGAAACGGAAGUGAUAAAUUGCUAAGGGCCAUCUGGUAGAUUUAGGGGUCUAGAUAAAUAAACCGUCCAGUGCAUGCAGUUACUGAUAAAAUCAAGAAAAACUAGCCGCACGUGUACAGUUGAUGAACGGUGUUUGUUAGCGUUGAAGUCUGAUUAAAUAAUGAAUACUGGUGGAUUAGAGCAGUUGUUUUUUGUGUGAAAUUGGAGUUUGAAACAGAAAUAGUAGUCGACCCUUAAUACCCCGAUGCGGGAGCACAUCUUAGCACACCCACCACUCGGCCUCAUCAUCGCGACUUCUUUAGUUUCUGGCUUGACCCGCACCCCACCUCCCUGAAAUUGGUUCCAGGCCGUUCCUUUUCGAAAGCGUCUAUUGUGGUUGCCGGCUUGAUCGAACAACACAGGGUAACCGUCAUGUCCCUUCACGAACCUAAGGCUCCUAUUGUGCGUAUCCGGAAGAAGAAGAUUAAGAAAAAGUCCAAGGACAACGACAUCGUCCAUUUACCGGUUCGAGCAUCCCAGCAGGCCAGAUAUUCAACUCUGAUUACGCCCCCUAACCCGCAGACCAAGGGGAGAGAAUGCUGCAGACACCUGUUCGCCGGCUGCAUGAAAGUACCUGUCUGCCGACUUUUGUGUUUCCGGUGUAUCUUGCCGCCAUGUUAUAGCGGCGAGGGAAGUGACGACGAAGGAGGCGAGGUUAAAGACGAGGGGUACCAUAGUCAGAACCGCCGGAGUUCCGAAGUGUCGCCUCACGUGACCGAUGGUGCUCAUGGCGUUGCGGAACCGGAAGCAGUAGAGAUGACGGAAAUCAGGGGCGAUUCUGGGGCGCCGCUUAUACCGCCACGGAACAGUGUUCGGGUUAAUGAAUUUCGUAGAAAUGGCGUCAGAAAUGAUGGAAAUUAAUGGACAAACUAUUAAUAGUGGUGAUGUUGAGGAUAUUGAAGUCAAUUACAUUGAAGUUGAAAGUGUUUCGCUAAGUAACGUGGAAGCGACCUCAAACAACACCACCAUUCCGCACAAACCACUUUCAACGAAGUCGUCUGCUGCAUCCAGCCGGGUCGUAGGCUAUGAAGAACCUUUAAGAGUAAACCUGUUGGAAUGUAAAAUGUCUGUUGGUCUUGAUAAGAAAUGCUUAGUUCAGAAAGACAGUUCGAAAAGUGGUAUGAGCUACAGCGAGUGUGACAAUUCGGAUGACUCCGAAUCGAAUAUUUAUGUCAAUGAAGACAUUCUGAAACCUUGCGCCGACAGUAUUGACACUAAAGAGGAACUUAUCGUCGAUCUUCCGGAAAACACUCAGUACAUUAAUCUGGAAAAUGUAAUACCUGACGACCUAGUACAUUCCACGGACAAGUCGAGUAAUGCAUUGGAGAAGAAAUCUGAUCAUGUUGUACCCGGACAUGAGUAUAUAAAUUUACCAGCGCCGGGAACAAGCGAGUGUGCCAAUACUGUUUCAGAAAACGUACUACGCAAGGACGUUAUAUUGACUGUUGGACCCGAAAGCGAACAAAAGCCGAAAGAGACGGCAUCAGGAACGAAUGACACAGAAACUACUCAGACUCUUCAUCAAGACGAAAACUUGAAAGUCAUGAAAAAAAGCAUAAGCAGUUUAGAGAAGUCCAUGAUUAAACCAGAGUUUGACAAUUCUGAAUGCAAUGAAGACAGUUCGGUGGUACUGAAAGACAAAACUAAAUUAAUUGAGAAUAUAUCACUUCCGAUAAAAGCAGACGACUCUGAGUCGAGUGAUGAGAAUGAGGAUGGAGACACAACCACAAGUAGCGACCAGGCGAAGCUUCUAUAAAACAGUUGCAACAGUCUUAGCAUCACUUGAAAUGAUUUACAUUAUGUCUAUAUUAAGUGUAUUUUUAAUGAGAAUACUAUAAGUUUGUACCGUACCAUUAGUGUUCUGGGUUACUGUUUUAAAGAGUUGUAUGAGAACCUUAACCUUAAAAACAAAAAUUAACAUUUUAGUCAGAUUACAUAUUUGCAGUGAACGCCAUACAUUGGGAAAUGCUCAUUAAAAUACAUAAUAUAAAGACGAUUGUGAUUAUUUGUAAUUUUUUGUUAAUAUGCUUUUCGUUCUACCAAUUCAAACUACGAAUACUAUAUUAUGUUCAACUAAACUUCCACUAUUAUUAAACUUCAGUCCCUGUAUAGCUAAAUAUUUAUCACAGCAUUCGGGACUUUUUUGCUGUUUUAUACAUUAUUAAACAACAAUGGAUCAUACAUGAAUUCAGUACUCCCUUGCAGGAGUCCAAAUUGCUUAUCAACGGAAUUGUUUUAAAUAUAUAGCAUUCACGAUUAAUUUCCGGGCGUUUUUAGAUAUUUGAUAGCUUUCUCGUGCAUUCAUACUUUUAUUUUAAUUCAACACUUUUACACGCAUUUUAUAGUUGUAUCUGUUAUUGUAUACAUACGAAACUGUAUGAAUCUUAGUUAUAAUGUGUUAAAAUGUAAAACACGGAUAUCUACAUGUAUGAGUCGCGUAAAGCGAAAAUUGGUCUUAUGCCAUAUGCGGCCAGGGUAGCUCCAGUCCAGUCUGCGUAUCCGCACAUGGUGGUCAGGAACCACCGGUUCUCUGUCCGCGUAUGAGACAAUGAAACCUUGCGUGACUUUGUAGCGGAUAGCGUAACACCUGACCAAUCUGCGCGAUUCUGCAUGCAUGUCUGGAGCUACGCUUGUCGCAUUUGACAUGAGACCCAUUUUCGCAUGACGCCACUCGUAUAGUCUAAAAACACAAGGACACACACUGAAGGCUAUCUUUGGGGUCGCGGGUUCGACCCCACGGAGGCACUAGCAAUCCCUUACAUUGUCUUACUCGAUACUGGCAUACCCACAGUUAAGUUGGCAUGUUCUAGGUUAUUUUCUUUUUUUCCCCACCACUAUAGUGGGGGACAUAUUAUUUUUGCUCUGUCUUUUGGUUGGUUUGUUGGUUUGCGUCAAACUGUAACAUUUGCCGUAACUUUUGCAAUAUUUAAGAUAGCAACUUCAUAUUUGGCAUGCAUGUGUAUCUCAUGGAGCUGCACAUUUUGAGUGGUGAAAGAUCAAGGUAAUCCUUCAAGGUCAAAGGUCAAAUAUAUGGGUCAAAAUCCCUCAUUUAACGUACACUUUUGCAAUAUUGAAGAUAGCAACUUGAUAUUUGGCAUACAUGUGUAUCUCAUGGAGCUGCACAUGUUAAGUGGUGAAAGGUCAAGGUCAUCCUUCAAGCUCAAAGGUCAAAUGUAUUAGGGGGGCAUAGUGUUUCACAAAAAUAUCUUGUUUUAAAUGAAUUUUGAUAUCAAGUUUUGAAAUUUGUUGAUUUUUUUACCGACACAUUGCAAAAGACAACUGUUACUGUACUCUAUAUUUCAUAUGCAAUGUUUAGUUACCACAAAUAACCACAUGCGUAAUCAUGUGAUGUAUAUCAACAUAUAACUAUUAGUACAGAUGAAUGGAUGCCAAUGACUUCACUCAAUAUAUUGUAUGUACCUACGACUCCCCUUGUAUAUAUAAAUAAAGUCGUGUAACUAUUCACAUUACCAUUAGCUUCUGUAUUUAUAUAAAGGCGUAUUGCUUUUGUGGAAAUUGUAUAUGUUUUUAUAAGUGUCUUAAAAAUGUAAUUUACUUAAUAUAUUUUUGCAAUAAAAAGCAAGAUUUUGUUUCAAAUAGCUAUAUAUUAUAAAUGGCAAAUAUUUGUGUGUUUUAAAGUUUUCUGAUUUUAAAUAUUUUUGUUAUUUCUACUAAUGAUGCCAGUUCAUGUAUUCGUUAAUACUAUUUCUUAUUUAUGUUUGCAAUAAAAUAUGUAGAAUCGAAAAUAAAUUAUUGGUAUUAUGAAA